AUGCUGCAAGGUCAGUACGAUCAGAAGCCUAAUGGCGGCCCUCAGUAUAACCAGCCGCAGGGGCCCGGGCAGAACGUCUACACCGGCAACCCGAGCAAUCCGCCAGGCAGCCAGUCGGCAGUCUACUACCGUGAAGGUCCGUGGCACUACUCGCUGUGUGUGUGCUGUGAAGACAUGGACUCGUGCUGCGAGGCGUGUUGCUGCUUUUCUUGCCAGGUGAGCCGGCAGUGCAAUAUGUUCAUGUACAACCGCAGGGAGAUCCACUGGCCUUACUGCUUGCUCAUGACUUUCUUGGAUUUAUAUUUACCGUUUACUAUCUCGUGGGUGUUCGUCGGCGAGACACGUCGGCUAGCGCGCGAGCGGUACGGCAUUUCCGGCAGUAGUUGCGAAGACUUCUGCAUCGGCUACUGGUGCCGCACCUGCUCUGCGCAGCAGGUGCUGCUGGAGAUGAUUGUAAUGAACGAAUUCCCAGGGGCCACGUGCUACGAGGCUGCCCCUCAGCCCGCGGCCAACCGGAUGGUCUAA